AUGACGGCCGCCAUUGUCACGCGCACUCCUCUACACACCCUUAGCAUGACCGGCGCCCAAACAAACGGAAUCAAGAGAAAAAGUCUGAGGCACCACAACGACCACCCGGACGAGGAUGCCCCGCCAAACAAGAAAUCAAAGGCGACAAACACGACCACAACCUCAAAGAACGCGUCGCAAAACACGGUGAAGAAGGCCAAGAAGUCUUAUGACGACGAUGAUGAUGGCUUUGUCUUCACGCGCCGAACCAGGAAGGCCAAAGCAAAGGCGCCAGAUGUAGCACCCGAACCGGAAACCACAGCUGGAGCUUCUGCGCCAGGCCCCGAAGGACAGUCCGUACAGCAACCUCCACCGCCAACAGACGAACACGCGCCGAUAGAAGCUACUCAGCCGCCGAGGAAGAAGCCCAGAAAGACGCUACCUACGAGUCCUGAACCCACCCCGCGACGACGUUCCAAACGCUUGUCUGGCAAUAGUCCUGUCCACAACCAAGAACCCGCGACCUCGAGACCAGCUACCGAACGACAAUCACAGCAACGAAAUCCUGCGACACCGCCCCCUGCGCCUGUUGAUCAGGAAAAUGUCGCGCCAGCAGCAGAUGGCACAGGCUCCGAAUUCAACAUCGAAGCUCUGAAACUGGAAGAAUCCGACUCCAACCAUGCGGAUCUCGACUUGCGAAGACACCAGAUGGGCGAAUACUCUGAGCAUGACGAAUAUCGCGAAUCGAAGACUAGAGAAGCUGACUGGGAGUCUGUGGAUACAGCCGUGCCACAUAGCCAGGUGGAAACGAACGAGUUUUACAAACACAUUUCUCAGGAUUUGGUUGAGCCGAAACGCAUGAGGCAAUUACUCUUGUGGUGUGGUCAUCGCGCUCUGCCGGAGAAGAGCGGCGGUGGUCAGAUGGAUGCGGCAGAGACGGCAGCAAUGCAUGCGGCGAGAGUCAUACAGGAGGAGCUGCUCAAUGAGUUCAGCUCGCGGAACAAUCUGAGUUACUGGUACGACAGGGAAGAUAUAACACCGACUGUGCUGGUGAAGAAGCCAAAUCCGAGGAAUAUACAAAAUGCCGAGAAGUUGCAGCAGUUGGAGGCAGAACUUGCGAGAUUACAAGAGGAGAAACGAUCAUGGGAUGACCUCUUAUCCUCAACAGCACCACCAAAAACCUCGGCAGAAAAUACAGACGCCGAAGCAUCAUCGCAACCUCAACUCGACAUAUCCCCACCAGCCAUUAAUCCCGCUCUUCUCGAUCCCUCACAAGCCGAUCUUCUUCAAACUCUUCUCUCAGGCAUCUCGCUCAAUCCAUCCUCCUCGGAACCCUCCACAUCCGCGCCAACAUCAACAUUAGAAACCACAAAAGCACGAAUCGGCACAAUAGCCUCGACGCUAGAAUUCAAGAUCGACAAGCUCGCAGAUGGAGCGCAUAAACUCGAGCAAUACAGAGCUGGAGCGCAGAGGUUGGCAGAUCACGUACUGGCUAUCGGAGCGGAAAAGCUGGAAGAGAGGGACAAGAGUGUUAGAGAGAAGACGAGCAGCAAUGGUUCUUCUGGACAGGUUGAUGCGCUUGAUAGGUUGAGAGGAUUGAGUCGGGCGUUGAACAAGCGUGGUUGA